AUGGCGAUUCCUCUCCGAUCCCAACUCCUCAUCCUCCUAUUGAUCCUCAUUUUCAUCUCACUCUUCAUCUCCGGCGCAACCUCCACAGACACCACUCUCGACGCCGGCGCUUCUGUUCCAUCUAUUUCUCCAUCGUCAACAGUUUUCCAGCAGUCUCAUACCUAUUCCCCCACUCUCUUCGCUACCAUCCUGUCAACUCUAGGUUUUCAGGAACUUUCUACGGCCACUGUAUCCGCCAAUCUCUCCGCCAUUACGCCUCUCACUAUCUUCGCCCCCUUCGACUCCUCACUCCUGACUUGCCCAUCGUGUUCUCUUCCUCUCCUACUUCAAGAGCUCUCAGUCCCAGGCCUCUACCCGCUGCAUUUUCUUCACUCCUUGGCAUUCGGGACCAAGAUCGAAACUCUAGCUCCCAACCGGUGCGUCACAAUCACUACCAGCUCCUCCACCUCCGCCGCCGCUGGGCACACUAACAAGGGAAAGAUUUUUGUCAACGGAUUGGAAAUCACGCGCCCUGAUUUGUUCAACAAUGGCCUAGUUGUUAUUCACGGUCUUCAGGGCUUCGUAUCGCAUCUGUCUCCUCUGUCAUGUAAUGUUGAGCGCAUGACGUCCCUCUCCUUCCCUCCGCCGGCGCUGUCUACAUCAGUUACCACGCCGUUCUCGUCUAUCAUGCGUUUGAUGUUGAAGGAUGCUAUCCUCCGCCUCCGAAGCACCGGCUACAGCGUGGUUUCUCUUGCUCUCCGCGUGAAAUUCGCUGAACUCUCGGAGUUGAAGGUUAUGACGGUGUUCGCUUUAGACGACACCUCCAUAUUCAGCGGCGGAGGUAGCGCUUACCUGUCUAACUUCAGGUACCACGUGGUUCCGAACAAGAGGCUGACAGCGGCUGAACUUGUUAGUCUACAGGCUGCUACUGUUCUACCGACCAUGGAGGCUGGCCAGAACCUGGUAGUGACCACCGCUGGUGGAGGAGGUCCGUUGGCUCCAAUGAAGAUCAAUUACGUUAGAAUCACGACCAUUGAUCUGCUGCACAACAGCAGGAUCGUGAUCCAUGGAAUCUCAGUACCGUUUCCUCACAUGCAUCAUCCAGUGACUGAGAAGGAGACAUUUGAACAGAUCCAACUGCCUCAGUGCGAUCAGUUUGAGUGGAAUACUGGGGUCUGUCAGGCUAAUGCUCAAGUGCCAGCAGCUGUCAUUACAUCCACCGUUGAUUCUGAUGACCACCAUGGUCUCUGA